AUGUCACUCCUUACCAACAGGAAACGUCCAAGAGGUUAUAGUGAGAAUUUUGCCCCACUGCAAUCGGCAACUCUCAAUUCCUCGUACCAACUGCUGAUCCAGCAACAACAAGAGCAACAGCAACAACAAGAGCAACACCGUCAGCAACAACAACACCACGUACAACUGCAAUUUUUACAUCAUCAGCAACAACAACAACAACAAUAUGACCCUUCGCAGUUUACUCAAUCUAGCCAACAUGACCCAAGACAUCCAUUUGAAGGCACGUCAAGCAGUUCAUUUGCUCAAAAUUCAAACUUUGGAUAUGAUGGUAACUCUGCAGUUGGAUUUAGCCCACACAUGCAACCCAAAAAAUCAAAAUUUAGUAAUCCCUUCUUGCUGGUUGAAGAGAAUGACGCUAUUUUAGAUGACGGUGAGACAGAUGCUUUUGUUUUGGACGAUUUGGAUGAAGUUGAUGGCUUUGGUGGUGGUGGUGAUCACGGUACUUGUGGCGAUAAUGCCAUUACGGGAGAGGAAGAAGAUGAGUACGAUGACGAUAUCAUCAUAAUCGAUGAGAAGGAUAUUGUACCUAGAGGCAGAAGAAAUAACAGUGAUUCAAUUUUGAUCAACCCUGAUGCACAAGAAGCUUAUAAUCUAUUCAAUGUGAAUCAAUUUGAAAUUGACAAAUCCACAAGAACCAAAAAACAGCGAACUAGCUCACUACCUCAAUUGCCUCAGGUUAAAUGCUUUUACAACAAGCUACCCAAUAACUAUAUCUUGCAAACACCUAAGUUGGGCAAUAUCAAAGCCAACGUCAUACCACAUCAGAAUAACCUACCGCCAUGCGACGAUGAAAAUGGCCAUUACAUCAUUAAAAUUAACGACAAUUUUGCCAAUCGAUUUGUUAUUGUCAAGUUGUUGGGACAGGGAACGUUUGGAAAAGUUGUGCAAUGCUUUGACAAGGUUAAUAGAGAACAAGUGGCAAUAAAGAUUAUACGAAACAUCCAAAAAUAUAGAGACGCAGCCAAGAUUGAAUUAAGGAUAUUAUCAACGUUGAAAAAGUUUGAUAACGCAAACAAAAACCAUUGUAUCCAUUUGCGUGAAUGCUUUGACUAUCGUGGCCACAUUUGCAUUGUCACUGAUUUGUUGAAGAUUUCAUUAUAUGAUUUCUUGGAGAAUAAUAAAUUCAUUUCAUUCCCUGGAAGUCACAUCCAAGCAAUUUCAAAGCAGUUGAUUAGAUCCGUCACUUUUCUCCAUGAUUUGAAUUUGAUCCAUACUGAUCUUAAACCAGAGAAUAUAUUGCUACACGAUGACUCGUUUACAAAAAAACAAUUGUAUAGUUCCACCAUCAAGAGUGCAUUUAUGAACCUUGCCACCACUGCCGCCUCGCCAAAGAGCAACACCAAGAGGGUGCCCAAGACAUCGAAAGUACUUAAAAACCCAUUGAUACAAGUUAUUGAUUUUGGCAGUGCUAUUUUUGAUGAUGAGUACCAUUCACUGAUUGUUUCUACUCGUCAUUAUCGAGCUCCGGAAAUUGUAUUGGGAACUGGCUGGUCUUUUCCUUGUGACAUGUGGUCAAUUGGCUGCAUCCUUGUUGAGCUAAUUAUCGGUGAGCCCUUAUUCAAAACUCAUGACAACUUAGAGCAUUUGGCAAUGAUUGAAAAGAUUGCCGGUUACAGGAUCGAUAAAGAGAUGGUAAAGUUGUCAAAGUUGAAUGAAAAUGAAUGUGGACUAGAGUACUUCACCAAUGAGUAUGUCGGUGUGUCUUCAGAUGAUGACCACUUGUUGCACAACUCUGCACAAGAUUCACCCUCGGGUACGACAUCUAUAUCGUCGUCGUCGGUGGAUGAUGAUGAUGAUGAGGAAGAAGAAGUUGUACGAAAUGUGCGUGCUGUGGGUCUUCAUAGUGAUGCUGGUUACGACCCAUCUUUACGUCGUCAUCAUCAUCAACGCGGACGUCGUAAUGUGCACCAAUUGGAACAACUUGAUGAUUCUGAUUCUGAUGAUGAUGAUGAUGUUGUUAUUUUCGAUGAGGAGAGAACUGUAGCCAACUCUUUGACUUUACAGUUCCCAACUGCAUCGACCCCACAAAAGUUCAUUGACGCCGUGGAAGAGUUGUCAAGAAUCGAUUUAUUCAUCAGUUCUCGAAUUGGAUUAAAGAUUAAUUUUGAUUACUCAUUAAAUCAAAAUUAUGAGGAGAAUAAACAUUUGAUAAAUUUUGGCAAUUUUACAUUUUGGUGGUUUUUCAUUGACUUGUUGCGGAAGUUGUUUGUCAUUAAUCCUAGAGAUCGAAUUACCGCAUUGGAUGCGUUGAACCAUCCGUGGUUUAAUUUGGGUAUACAAGAUGAAGGUACAGUAUAG